CCGUGAGGCAGUUUCCACUUACUGGCUGGCUGAGCAGGCUUGAAUGAAUAGAUAGAUGAGCUCUGAGGCUUGCAGUUGGGUGCUGUGAGGUGCGCUUGGCAAGCUCCGAAGUUGCGACAUGAAUGCACUGACCUAUGAUGAUGUGCAUGUGAACUUCACUCGAGAAGAAUGGAUUUUACUGAAUCCUUCACAGAAGAAUCUCUACAAAGAUGUGAUACUGGAGACCUACAGGAACCUCACUGCUAUAGGUUAUAAUUGGGAAGACCAUAAUAUUGAAGAACAUUGUCAAAGUUCAAGAAGGCAUACAAGGUAA